GCAACUGAAGAUGAUCUUGAUGCAUUGGCAGCAGAAUCUCAAUCUCCACAGAAGCUGUCCUAUAAAGGAGGUCUUCUUCCUCCCCCUUCAGCCUUUCAUUGCCCUCCCAGGUCCGCUGGCACUUCCUGUCUCUCCGAUUAUCUUCAAAUGGACAUCACUACCGCAGUCACACAAAAUCGUCUGCGUCUGGAGAUCUGUCCUUACGCCAGUCAAGUUGACUGGAGUGCUCCAAUCGCCAAUGGUGAUAUCCGACAGUCGACGAAGAGAGAAGAAGAGGAGGAUGAUUUCUAUUAUGGAUUUGCCACAGCUGCUCCUGGGACUCCUGGCUUGGUGUUCGGGCCACUCUACAACUUUACUUCCAUUGACUUUGAAGUGAAUUUUCAGCUAGGAGGUGAAGUAAAUCAUCCAGAUGGAGGCAAUGUUUCAUCGAUAAUGCGUCACGGAUGGGUUAAAGGCCUACUGUUUGAGUACAUAUUACUCUAUUGCCCCCCGCUGCCAACUGACUUUGAGGUUGGAGGUCAGGUGGGCUAUUCGCUGCACACUCACACCGAUGCCACGGGAGCCACAGUAGCUGUUGCUGAAGUUCGCUGUCUGCCCGAUCGAUUCUUCCUUCCUCCCUACAUUAGCGAUGCGGACGUCGACUUCAACUUGGUUGUUAAUGGCACCGUGAGCCGCCUGAGUGACUACGAGCCUCUAAAGAGCCAAAUGGUGCUUAGGUGCGACCACCACAGGAGGCGGUGGAUGCCUGAUCUGCCCAAUGGAGGCUGUAUGACUCGUGAGAGCAUUGAUGCCACCUUAAAGGCAUUGGUGAAACCCAAGUCAACUGCAAGAAGUCUUCCCAACACAACACAGGCCGUUGAGAAAAAGAUGAGGACCAACUCGGUAAAGUCCAUGGAAGUCACAACAAAUAAUACCGCUGCCGCCAUGACAUUGACAACCACGACUCCUGAGGCACCAGUCCUCGUUGCUCCCUUGAAUGCACCUGUCAAAAGUGAUGGAAAUAACAAGAGCAUAGGAAAUGGCUCUAGUCUGUCGCAUGGAUCUUCUGCUGCAAUGGGGGCAAUAUUUGGAUUCAUUUUGUGUCUCAUCGUUCUCUUAAUCAUCGUCUUUAUUUUUCGUCAGAGGCUUUCACGAUUGGUUCGUUCUAAGUUGGCAACCAGCAACACUCUCCCUGGUCGAUUCCCGGGCUCUGGAAUGUUUAUGAACACCCUCUCGGGUUCGCUUACUUUCUCACGUCAUCGCAAGGGCCAUUACUUCUCCCCCUCUCGCCACCCUAACGUCAUAAUGUCUCAAUCCGCAGUCUCCAUCCCUCAUCAUCCUCAACAAUGGCUUAACGGUUCCAGCGUCAGCGUUGUCAAACCCACGUCCGCUGCAGUCUCACUUGGUAAUCUUCAUACUUCGAAGCCAUCCCUUUCUCGCCUUCCUCCACCCUCCAUGUCUCCGACACAGGCGAAAAGGCCUAUGUCGGAUUUGGAGCUUGGGCUGCCAGAUGCAUAUGGGCUGCAACAGACAUUGCAUAACAAUGUCCAACAACAGCCUGGACCACCCUCUUCGGUGACUACGCCUAACUCGACGUCGCUAAGCACACAAAGGCAGACUCUCCUCUCAGCGGAUACGGUGACGACUAAUAUAUCAGCCGGACAGCCAUCACCUACUAUUACAAUGGGGUAUUGCGGGGCGUCGGCAGAUAGAUUAGCAGAAGGAUUUGUUGAGCCCCCUGAUGUUAACCAGGUUUUUUCGGCAACCCUCCCUUGGAAAUCGAAGCCUCAAGGUGGUGUUGCGGGUGGACUAAAGCGUCUUUCAACAUUCAUUCGCUCCGCUAUGAGUGGAUCCUCCGCGUCCUUCCACGGUAAUCAUAGUAAUCAUGGCAAUCACCAUCACCAGCAGAUGAUUACACCUGGAGUUGCAAGACGGCAAAACUUUGCCUCCUUCGCCUCCUCACCCAGUUCUGCAGCUAACUCAGCAGGUCUGCUCAGCUCUGCUCAAUCAAGGUCCAGCUAUACUUCAGAUGUUACUAUUCAGCCUGGUGAGUACUGGAGGCGAAUGCUCAAUAAGCAGCGAAGAACAAUUUACCCGUUUUCAAUCCUUCGUCUGUCUCUCCCUUCAUAUACGUGCCAUUGUCUCUCUUGCCGUCUGCGUCUUGUGGCUAAACGUUUUGAUGCAUUCGACUCUCAGGGCCACGGAACCGACGGAAAAACUGCAACACUGAACAUGGACACUUACUUAGAACCCAUCGAUGGUGUAGACUCUUUGGGUCGGUCAGACACCAACCCCGCGGUAGAAGACCUUUCUGUCACUGAGUUGAUAUCUGGAGGCACCUUCUCUGAAGACUCAGACACAGGUCAUCAAGCAAGCUGGCCCUCAAUUUCUGCUGAAAACUGUAGGAAUGGUGGCCCCACAAAUGCAGCAAUUGAGGGCACAUCAUCUACGAAGGACGGCAGUGGUGGGUACGGUGAGAGUAGCAGCAGUAUUGCCAAAGCACCUGGUGGAGCUCCUAUCGCUGUCAGUGACCCCACUGUCUCCCUCGGGGACGCCUCCUUUGAGGAGGAUACUUGUUCUACAGCCGAUUACUUCACUUAUGAUGAGGGUCAUCGAUCUCACAGCCGUCGGCAUGACCGAGUAAUUCGAAGACCGCGUCUCAGCCCACCUUCCCCACGCAGCCGUCCUCUGUCAGAAGCAAUGUUAAGCAACCACUACUAUGACAAGAGUGAACUCCUAAACGUCCUUGGUUUCACUGGUGAUAGCAAAGGUGAUAAAGCCAAUGACUGUCUCCAGAACUUACCCUUUCGCCCCACUAACUCCACUUCUCGACCUACCUCAGUGGGCAUCUAUUCCAACGAUGACGAAGACUUGGAAGAGGAUUCGUCACUCUACGAGGCUGUUGAUAGACGCAAACGGAAGUUGGAUGAGACAGAUGCUCUACCACCGCCUCCAUCUCCACCUUCGCAAACGCUAUUAACUCCUACGGCAUCUCAAAAGAAUGUUGAAGCAUUGGCAAGUCGCUGUAACCCAAGUGGCGAUGGUGUGAAUGCCAGGUACCAACACCACCGGGGCAGCACCAAGGUGACCUCCACUAACGCCUCCACAUCAACUUUGAUUGCCGAACUGUCGCCCCUCUCAAGGUCCUCAGCCUCGCGUUCACCCUCACCCAUUCAACCUGUUACUGGAACUCCCCACACCGUCCCCUAUGCCAAUCUUAGCAACCUGUGA